AUGUUGGGGAAGAAAGGAGGAGUGGCUUCUCGGCUGAAAGAGCUCAGUCCAGCCCUACAAGCAGUGCACUGCACUGCCCAUAGGCUUGAGCUGGCAUUCAAAGAUGCAGUCAAGAAUGUCGCUCUCUGCAAUACUGUCAACUCGCUACUGCUCAACUUGUAUCUCUUCUACAAGAACAGCUCCAAGAACAGAAGCUCACUGAAAGAGGCAGCAGAUGCCGUGGGAGUCCCACAGCUAUUCCCAACCAGGGUUGGAGGGACACGGUGGUUACCUCACCUGCAACGUGCUCUGGAGAAUUUCCUGAGGGGAUACCAUGCCAUCACAACUCAACUGCAUCAGCUUCAAGCACAACCAGGAGUAACAACAGAUGCCAGAGCGAAGGCCAAAGGGUACUUGAAGCAGCUGCAACGGAAGGAUGUGGUUCUCUUUGCACACUUUAUGCUGGAUGUUGUGACGGUCCUCUCAAAGGUGUCACUGACAGCACAGCGAUCACAGUCCACUGUCGCUGAUGUGGUUGCAUCUAUAGACAUGUCAUUAACAACCCUCAAGAAAUACAGGAGCAAGAAAUCAUCACCACGUCUGCAAAACUUCGAUGACACUUUCAAUAGUGGGGAAUUUGAGUUGACAGGGAGUGACAACAUUGAAGCAGGACUGGUGCAGUUGGUAGAUGGCCUAGAGAGCUCUUUGCUUGGCAGAUUCGAUGACAUGAAUGAUGAAGUGCUGGCAGCAAUGCAGAUCCUCAGCUUCACAUUCUGGCCACAAGAACAUGAAGCUGAUGAGGACUUUGGGGAUGAAGCAGUGCAGACUCUUCGCCACCACUUUGAAGCAGUGCUGAAGGAUGCUGGGGUAGUCGUCGACGCUCUUGGUGUAGAGUGGGACUUACUCAAGGCAAGAAUGUAUGCCAAGAAGAACAAGAAGGACCAUCCGUGGGCCACCACCAUCCCUGAACUCAAGGAGGAGUUACCCAAUAUCUGCGCACUGAUGGACCUACUGCUGAGUAUUCCAGCCAGCUCAGCAGAAGCAGAGCGCGGGUUCAGCCGCCUUAAGUUGGUGAAGAGCUGA